AUGGGAUGGGAUUUCUCUCAGUUUCUUGUGCCGCCCCCGGCCUCCACCCUGCGGCCGAUGGGACAGAAGCGCGGCCCGAGCAAAGACAGCGUGGAAUACCGUCUGCGCAGAGAGCGCAACAACAUCGCGGUGAGGAAGAGUCGUGAUAAAGCGCGCCGGCGGAUCCAGCUGACCCAGCAGAGGGCGCUGCAGCUCCAGGACGAGAACCACAGCCUGCAGCUGCACAUCCAGCACCUGUCGCACGAGGUGGAUGCACUCAGACACUAUCUGUCACAGCGCCACCUACAGGCCAAAGAGCAGGACGCCGCUGGAGAUGACAUCUGCUGAGACUGAAGGCUCUGUUGCUCGUGAGCAAAUCA